GUGUGGGUUGUCUCCGUGUCGUUCGUUCGUCCUGUGAGGUGUGCUCCGAGCUCCGAGUCGUCUCUCCCGAAAGUAACAUCUUGCUCACCGUCCGGCAGUUCGAUUCUCAUUCAUCCGCGGAUCUCCUGGAUCCGACGACUCUUCGCCAAGAUCUCAGGUCGGAUAAUAUCGAACAUACGUCGCGAUCGAGCACAGAAAAGCGGGACGGCCACGUCUGGAUCUGGUCUCCACGGACGGGAAAAUAUGAGCAUUUCGUGAAGCCAGAAAAGCAGAGUUUUCAUCAUGGAAACCGAGGAACUUACUAGGCUCGUCGACGAGAUCUACAAGAAUAUCUUGGAUAAGUUCAAUCCUGGCGCGAGGCAGCUGAUCAACGCAGGCAAGGCGUACCUGAAGGCUCUUCACGGAGCUGCGGCGGCGUCGCGAGUUUAUGUCGACGCUUUGUCCCGAUUAGCCCGUCAAGCUCAGCUGGGAACAUGGGGUGGCUCGAAGGAUGUGGGUUUCGCGCUGAUGAGAAUCGUAGAGGUGUACAAGGAAAUCCAGGAACAGGAGAUGAACAUCUUAAAAGCUUUCUACGUGGAUCUGCUGGUACCUCUGGAGACCAACCUGGAGAAGGACACGAAGGUCGUACAGAGCGAGCAGAAGAAAUUUCUUCAGCAACACAAGACCAGAUCCGAGACUUACAGCAAGGCGGCCGCGACAAUGAAGAAGCAGAGGAAGAAGUCUAGGGCGGCCAAUAAGAGUGGCCUCGCCAUGGACAAGGAGCUCAAGAACAUGCAGAUCCUCGAGGAGGAAAAGACCAAGCUCGAUGCCUUCUGCGAACAGAGCUUGAAGAACGCAAUGACUCAGGAGAGACGGCGAUAUGGUUUCGUACUGGAGCGACAAUGCUCCUUGGCGAAGCACUAUGCGAGUUUUCAUGAGGUUGCACUGGCCGCGCUUCAUCCCUCGGUUGAUAAAUGGCGCGAGGUUGCCGCCACUAGGGAAUACUUGCCCCAGUCGGUGGAGGACAUGUUCGCUUCCAGACUCAGGCAAACGUCGUUCUGGCCAGAGGACGAGGAGAACGGCGGAUCCGAGCUGACGACGAUGAGCUCGCAAUUGCGUAAAACUCGGAGUAUGGACAGCUCCUGCCUGGAGCUGCGAUUGGGUCCUCUACCCGGAAACCCGCCAUCCGGAGGUCACCUCGGUCCAGCACUUCAUCUUCCCACCGCCCUUUCCAGAGCGAGGUCGGAGGCCAACCUGCACGCCUCGACAUUAUCCCUCGGCCCUGAGGUUCCAGAAACUCCACCCCGACCCCGAUCCAUGGCACCCCCGACGUCCCGCAGCAGCGCGGGUGGCACCGGAGUUGGUGCCGGGGGUUGGAGCGAUGCCCCUCUCGCCAGGGCUCUCUUCGCCUAUCUCAGCUCGGGGGAGAAUCAGCUAAGCUUUUUGGAGGGCGAUCUCAUCGCGCUGAUGGGCGACCGUCAAAAGGGAUGGCAAUUUGGUGAAAAUCUGCGCACUCAAAGCUCGGGAUGGUUUCCCUUGGCGUACACUGAAAUUAUAAUCGACGACACUUUGGGAACGGGGCUGAUAGAUUAUUUGAGAUCGCCAAGUCACGGAGCGAGCCACGGUAGGACUCCAGAACCGCAAGCCAUACCGCCGUGUAAGCCGCCGCCCUCUCGACCGCCGGUCACGCCGGCCAGUAUCGACGAAUCAUCCGGUGGAACUCCCGGUGCCGGUAGCAGCUCCGCCAACAACAGCACCAAUGCCAACAACAACAGCAGUAGCAACGCCGGCACGCCAACUAACACCGCGAGCGUCUUGGCGACUCCGACCGCACGUCAAUCAAAAUCGAUCCGUCCAUCGGGCACGUUGCCCGCGGUGCUAGCCGGAGGGCGAAGGGUGCAGCCGCCCGUGCCUCCGGUGCCACCUCCGGCAAUGACGUCCCUCCACAGUAGCAACGACAGCGGCUUCUCUAACGAGCCGCCGGUGCAGCCCGACGUCGAUUACAGUGACGACGAGGCGCUAAGACGGCGCCGCAAGCCGCGAAGUGGAGAAGACCGCUCUUCCUCGAAGGACGAGAAGCGGUCGAAGGACUGGGAGAAUGACUCCUGGAAAACAAUUCCACGGGAUGAGAAGUCUUGGCAGCUGUAUCGCACAGCGAUGGACCUCUGGGCUGAGUCUAAGCUCGCCAACCAGGCGAGCGAGGAGGAUUCGAAGAAGUACUUCGAGAUGGAGAACGGCGAGUUCACGCUGGAGAAUGGUGAUAUGACGAAGAAGAGGAAGAACAAGAAAGCUGCACAGGCACUGAACGAACGUCCCAACCCGAAUCAGCGCACCAAGAUGACGGACGAGCGGAAUGCCCCCGCUGCAACUCGGCGCGGCGAUCAGCGGCGUGUCGACAAGCGGACGCAAGCGGAGACCGAGGAAGACGAGCUCGAGGAAGACGAGGAGGACUUCGGCGAUGAAUACCGCCGCAGCAACAAUAAGUAUUACGCAGAGAAUCAGGAGGCUCAGCAAGAGCGAAGAGGAGGCGGCAGUUUCGAAGCGGAGAAAUACGCCAAGUCUACGAGCUCGUCGUCGAAUUCUGAUGACGAGAGCACCAUCACCAUACCGGAGCCGGGUCGCAAGGUCGAGCAUAUAGCGCAGAAGCUCGAGCAGACUGCGCAGAAGUACGCGCGCGAGCACAGCCCGCCCAAGUUCCUCGAUCGCCGCGAGAGAUCUGCCACGGCCGAGUACAAGAGCCUCGAGAGAGAGACCCGUGAAAUGGCUCUCUCGCGAGACCGUCGCGAGAGGCUCGUUAUGGAGUACAAGAGCUUGGAACGCGCCCGGGACAGCGGUCAAAAGAACUUGGAGCAGGCUCGCCGCGACGACAAGAUGCGUUUGCGAGACGAUAAGCGUGCGCGGGACGAUAAGCACUCGCUCGAGCGGAGUUCCCGCGAGGACAAGACGAGCUUCGAUCGCACGAGAGACGACAAGCAGAGCUUCGAGCGCUCGAGGGAGGAGAAGCAAAACUUGGAGCGUACGAGAGAGGACAAGCAAGGCUUCGAGCGCUCGAGGGAGGACAAGGUCUUUGAUCGCCCGAGAGAAGAUAAACAGAGUUUCCAACGGACAACCCGCGAGGACACGCAGUCGUACGAGCGAGCUCGCACUCGUUCCAGGAACGAGCAAGAUCGCGCGUAUAUGGAGCAGCGAAAGGAGGCGAUGGGCUACGAACGAACGUUCGAGAAGAAUCGCAACAGGACGAUCGAGCGAUUAUCCAGCCGACGAUUCGAGCGGCCGCGACCGCCGUCGCAAGAGGCUCCGGAACGGCCUUCGAUGGGCCCCUACCGAGAACGUAGAUAUUCCGAUAAGGAGGAGGCGAUUUAUGGAGAAACUGGCCGAUACGGGGUAAGCUCGCUCGAGAGGGAUCGCGGAUACGAAUCGAAUUUCGAGACCAAGCUGGAGAGAACGAAGGCAAUCGAAAGACAUGGUUACCACGCGGGUUUACACGGUCCAGGUCCUCAGAAGCAGAACGUCGUAUCAAGGAUCAAUGAACGAAGUAACGGAGACACCAAUAACAACACGCUGAAAGUCGAGCGGAAGCCUGUACUACCGCGACAGUCGAAUGCCAUGGGUCACUUGGCGCAAACCGAAAGAGCUUUCGACGAGUCGAAGAGCCCUAAGCUCGUGAAGCGGACCAAGUCUUUUUGGAAAUUUCGCAGAGACUCGGAGGUGCUGGAGGGUAUGGCGCUCUGGCAGCAUCGCUCGCUCGUGGACAUCCCGAAGAUGAUCCGAAAAGAGGACAAGACGGCUGAGAACGAAGAACGGCAGAGGAACUCCGAAGGCGGUAGUCCGAACUCGAGUCUGGGCAACAGCGAGGGUACCAUCACGAAUGAGCACCGACACGAGGAGCCCAAACCAGCCGAGAGAAGCCACGUGCCCGACAAAACCGAUUACUUCGAGGACUUUCCGACGCCGGCGGAACGGUCCAAGAUCACGGAAAGGUCAGAAUAUAGAAUGCAGCACCAGCCGCAGGAGGAGCGCGCGUAUUUUGUCGGAAACGUGUCGCGGAAGGCGAUCAUCGAGAAGGAGCGGAGACGUAGUCUCGAGGCGAAACGGAACAUGAUCGUGGCCGAGUUGAAGGAGAACAACGAGAACAAACGGCACGGGAUGGCGCGCGGUAGAAGAAACUACGACGAGGAAGACGCGACACUGAACUUCAGCGAGACCGAAGCAUCUGAUGAGGAAUCUACGUACAGCUGCAUCGUCGUGAAGGACCAGAGCAUACCGGAGAAGACGUUGCUACCGAGGACCAAGCUGAGAAGAGAGUCUGACCGAGAUAGAAAUAAUUGUGGGCCCUGGUACGAUCUGUGGGGCAUGGAUGCGUCCGUCAAUAAAAAGAAGAAGCAGAAGCAGCAAUAAGAAGAGCGACGUUAUGAAGAAAAUUCGAAAACUGAAAGUAUGUUGAGUUUAAAAAGAUGAAGAGUUAAUGUAUUUUUUAAGCAGAAGUAUCUUAUUUUUGAAGACGUCGAACGAAACGUAGCAAAGGCAAGCGAAAGGAAGAGUUGAUAUUUAAGAAGAAAAUAUUUAUCUUAUGAAGAUUAAACAAUUAUAUAUCGUCCCGCUAAACAAUGAAGAAGAUGAAGAGAUUUCCACUGCGUGCGAUUUUGUUUUUCCUUAGUUUAGGUGUACUAAUAAUAUGCGAGCUAAUUGAUUCAAAUUUGAAUCAGUGAACGAACACCGAGCUUGCAAUUAUCAUCUUCAUUAUUAGUUCUACCUUUCCUAAAUUUUUCCAAUCUUGUUUAUUGUGAACUUUUUCGUGGCCACUUGUUUGUUAUGAGCGAGCUCCUGAAUGAUUGAUUCAACAUCUCAUUGUGAUGUAUUUGCAUUAGCUAAUUCUUUCCUAAUGCUUUGUUUCGUUUUCAACGAUUGGCUGUUGAUGUUAUAGGAGCUUGCAGCAUCGUCGAAGAAGACGCUCGAUACAUUUUUGCGACGACUUCUAGGCGAUUUAUGUCUUCGAAAGAGCGAGCGAUUUUGCUGGAUGAUACGUCGCUGUCGUGACUCGUUGUUGUUCGUCACUACUGCACGCGUUAGCUUCCUUUGAUUAUCGCUGGCAUAGUGCAAGUCAUAUUUGCUAAAUAUUAAUUAUUCGCAAUUGUUUCAAACUCUUGCCAUUUUUUAGUUUUAUCUGCCGCUUCGACCGUAUUGCCAACUGAUUUAAAGUUGCACGUAUUUUUUGCAUAUGAAUUUAAAAUUUAAGCCUUCAAUAAAUGUUAAUUGUAUAAUUGUUGAAGAACAAACUAUAGACAAGACGAUGACAAGGUUAAACUUGAUUAACAUUUUUCAGAUGUAUCUGUUCACCAAUAUUUGUGACCUUGCAAAUUUCGAGAGACCUACAUUG